GACUCAUAGACAUUUCUAAUUGAGUGCUAGUAACAAAAACACGGUUUCAAAAUGGUUGUGGCUGACCCGGAAAAUGGUUCGAAAUUUGAAAAUGUGGAAACGGAAAACUAUGCAUUGAAAAUUUUUCAAUCCACAUUAAACUUGUUGGCGCAUAUUUUAAUUGGGAUUGUUGUUGGAAUUUCCAUCAUGUUUGCGUUUAGAAAUGGAUUACCGUUGAAUAUGACUAAUCUGCAUAUUGUUUUGUGUGUUAUUGGUUAUCAAUUAUUGAUGGCUGAGGGAAUACUUUCUCUAUGCGCCCACAACAGUUGGACUGCUGGACUGAGAGUGGUGGACAGGAGAAGAGCACACACAAUCCUACUCAUCAUGGGUUCUGUGUUGGCCAUUGUUGGUAGCCUUAUAAAAAGUGCGGACAAAAAUGUUAACUUCAAUACUCUACAUGGAAAAUUUGCGUUGGUGGCAAUGGUAUUCACUACAGUGUGCCUGGUUAACGGUCUAACUUCGCUUUACGCAUACGAAUUGCGUAAAUGUAUACCGGGAAGCUUUUCCAAAAUCCCUCACAUCGUCUUUGGCGUAGUAGCGUUUGUUACGUCUUUAAUAUCUCUCUGCUACGGAUUCGACUACAACUUUUUCAAAAGCUGGACUAGUAAUGUUGGCCCGCCUUUUGGAUUUGCCUACGCUAUUAUGGGAAUGGCCGCAGCUUUCACCUUCAUCAUCAUCGUAAACCCCAUGAUCACUGCUUUCAAUAAGACUGUCCGUGUAUUCAAAUAACACUGUGAUAGUUUUUAAAUUUUAGAAUCUCUAAACUCAUACUUAUUUAAACUUUCUACAAGAAUUUAUCUAUGUAGGAUUGACUAUUACCUUAAAAUAGUUAUCUGCUCAAAUCAAAAUGUAAUAAAAUAUAGACAUACUUAAAGAUAUAGGUACGAACCAAUUUUGCUAAAGAAUUAUGUGUUCUUAUAAUUAAUUAUUAAAGGCAUCGAUAUCUUACAAAAAUGUGUUCAUAUUAUUAUUAUCACUAUAAGUAUUUAGGUUACAAUAAAAUUAAAUAAUUAAUUUUGUGUUUUAUUUUAUACAUAACUAGCUGACACCACGCGGUUUCGCCCGCGUGGUUCCCGUUCAAUAUAUAUAGCCUAUAGCCUUCCUCGAUAAAUGGGCUAUCUAACACUAAAAGAAUUUUUCAAAACGGACCAGUAGUUCCUGAGAUUAGCGCGUACUAUCAAACAAACAAACAAACUCUUCAGCUUUGUAAUAUUAGUAUAGAUUGCUUAGUUCUUUUUUAAGGGCACUUCUUAGACAAUAUAAAUGUUCUU